GCUAGCGAGUACUUUUUCAGUUCCCCACACACACAAGAGAAUAUGGAUGAGUGUUGAAAAGUUUUUAAAUAAAUAUUUCGUAAACCUAAUUUAAUGAACAGUAUUGUAAACAAUUCUCAGCCCAUUGAGCUAUUGUAAGCUUUAAUUGAAUAUUAAAUAAAAAAUUUAAGAUUUUUAAAACAUUAAAAACCUUGUUUACCAAAAAUUGCUCCAGAAUAAUCUGUACGAUAAAACAAAACUUUCGGUUUCAGAAUUCAAGAUGAAAUUUGGAGAAUCUGAUUUCGGAGAUUUACUUGCCUCGGCGGAACAGCUGACGGCAGAUAUAGAUGGCGGACGAGCCGGAGAUCUCCCAAGAGUUGAGCGAAGUCUCCGACAUAUUUUAGACUCUGGACAAUCAUUGCUCUCUUCUACAUCAAACAGAGGGAACCAGGAUGCAAAGGCUAGUAUACUGCUAGGUAGUAGAGGUGUAGACCUUCCCUCCCUCUCUACUAGAAUUGAUAGUAUUCAGCAGACAGAUCUAAUUCAGCAGACUGAGGCUACCCCGUGUACUGAUAUUGCUGGGUUUCUGAAGAGUGAACGUGAGAAUGCUAUUCUGAGUCUACUCGAGGAAACAAAGAAGGAAACCCAGGAAACCAUGGAGAAACUACACUGGGACUCAGUCUACAGAGAGUGGGAGACAGAUAAACAGAGAAUCCUAGCUGCAGUAGCAGGAGGAGGAGCAGAUCCUGGUCUUGCUGAUCUUACCAUAGCUAGAGGAGAGAUUACUAGGUUGCAUGAUACCAACUUAGGUGGAAAAUCGUCGUUAUCUAACCUUGAGUUGCAGUACGCUAAGAAGGUGGUACAGUACAACCAGACCGUAGCUUUGGGGGGAGUCAGACCUGACUUGAUGGGCUCCUUCAAGUCUUUAUUCCCGGAGGAGGUGGACCAGGAGAUAUCAGUUCUAUGGGAGUACGCCAGCAAAAUGGCAGAUUUGCCGAGUUCUCGUCCCUCUGCAGAUGUUGUAUCUCGCGCUCGAUCAUUCCUUGAGUCUUCGUACACCAAGUUUAUCAAACUCACCGUAUUCUCCAACCUAACCAACGCAGGACUAGGAGGUAUACCUGGAAACUACCAUCUCGUCAGAUCCUUCCUAAAUGUCCGUGUUCCGGCCACUCAGCCCGGACUAGAUGAUGGACUGGUGGAUGGUGUUCCUGUGUGGGCUCUUAUCUACUACUGUCUCCGGUGUGGUGACUUGAAUGCAGCAUGUGAGGGUGCUCGUCAAGCUGGACCUGGACUUGGAGAUAUCCAUACUCUUCUACAGGAGCUAAAAUCCUCCAACGGAACUCGGCUCUCUCCGCAGACGGAGUCGAUGGUUCGUAUUCAGUACAGACGGAGUGUACGACAGAGCAGUGAUCCCUUCAAGCGGGCUGUUUACUGUGUUCUUGCCGCUUGUGAUCCUCAGGAGGAACACUCUGAGAUAGCAACUAGUCUAGAUGAUUAUCUAUGGCUGAAACUAUGCCAAGUUAGGGAUGAGGAGAGUGGGGAUAGUUUAACCCUCCCUGGGUUACAAACUCUUUUAUCAGAAGAGUAUGGAGAGUCACACUUUAAUGCGUCAGAACAGCCCCUGCUCUACUUUCAGGUGCUAUUCCUAACUGGGCAGUUUGAAACAGCAUUGGACUUCCUGUUCAGAACAGGAGAUCCUUUGUCCGUUCAUGCUGUUCAUCUAGCCCUGGCUCUGUUUGAACUGAAUCUACUGAAACUACCGGACUCUAUCCAGGCUCCGCUUAUCUCAAGAGAAUCCUCGGAUAAAUCUCCGAGUCGACGAUUAAAUGUUGCGCGUCUGGUCAUCCUUUUCGUCAAGCACUUUGAGUCUACAGAUCCUAGGGAAGCACUGCAGUACUACUACUUCCUCCGGGAGAUGAAGGGAGGCCGGAGUUCUAACCUAUUCAUGUCAUGUGUUGGAGAACUGGUUCUAGAGAGUCGAGAGUUUGACCUGCUCCUGGGUCAGCUUAUGCCUGACGGAUCCAGGACUCCAGGCCUGGUCGACAAGUUUGGAGACCUAGUGGAUACUGGUAAAAUAAUAGAGUUUGUUGCCGCAGACUCCGAGGAUAAGGGAUUAUUAGAGGACGCUGUACAGUUAUAUGAUUUGGCGAAAAAGCACGCUAGAGUAGUUGAACUCCUAAAUAAGCUUCUUUCGCAGGUUAUUGCUCAGCCUCCAAUCAGUGAAUCCAAUAGGGAUAGACUUCAGAGACAAGCUAUUAAUAUUGCCAGGAGGUACAAGAAUAUGGGAGUAUCUGGAGGAAAGGACAGUACUUUAACCCUUUUUCUUCUUCUUGAUCUCGCGACCUUCUUCGACCUUUACCACGCAGGCCGGUCAACAGAGGCACUAGAUACCCUAGAGAGAGUUAAGGUUGUUCCUCUGAACCAGAGUGAUGUAGAUUAUCUAGUUUCCGGGUUCAAGCUUCUAGAUGAUUCUGUCAGGAGAAAUAUCCCUGAUGUACUUCUAGCCGCUAUGAGUAUACUACACAACCAGUACAAGACACAACCACAUUCUUCUGUACGGGACAAGGCUAGGUGUUUGAUAUCCUACGCUGGCAUGAUACCGUACAGAUUACCAGGAGACACUACUUCUAGAUUAGUACAGAUGGAAGUACUCAUGAGCUAAACAUUUAGUUAUUAAAGGGACUGUACGCGUAAGUAAUCCUUCAUAGUCACUUUAAUUACGUUUAUAAACCCUUGAAGGAAGUUUUAUAAAAACUGAUUUAUAAUUCAUGUUAUCUCAACUUCUGACUAUAAAAUAAUCAGUGCUCUAUGUUUUUAUUAAAAAUUAAACGUUUUUUUUACA